AUGUCUGAUUUUAGGGAUGUUUCGCUGUCCAAUUCUUGGGACUACUCUGCUUUUGUAAGGACUUACGCGUUGUACCUUGACGAAAGGCUUGAUUUUAAGAUGCAAGCAAGACAUGGAAAACGCGGAGUUUACUGCGUUGGAGGAGAAACCGACGAAGAUGAGCAAGAUCAACCGGCGUCUGAUCUUUCCACGGCUAUUUUGGUCAGGUCACAACCGAUCGCCGAGAUGAAAACAGAGCAGAUUUUCACCAGAGUACAACAUUUGCAGCAACUUCUUGACCGUUUCUUGGCUUGUCGUCCAACAGGUAAUGCGAGGAACAAUAGAGUUGUGAUUGUGGCGCUGUAUCCGAUAGUGAAGGAGAGUUUUCAGACAUAUUACGGUGUAACAGAGAUAAUGGGUAUUUUGAUCGAUCGAUUCAUGGAGUUAGACAUUCCUGAUUCGAUCAAGGUCUAUGACAUUUUCUGUCGAGUCUCGAAACAGUUUGAAGAGCUCGAUCAAUUCUAUUCCUGGUGUAAGAACAUGGGGAUCGCACGGUCUUCUGAGUAUCCGGAGAUAGAGAAGAUCACACAGAAGAAACUUGAUCUCAUGGAUGAGUUUAUAAGAGACAAAUCUGCUUUAGAACAGACCAAGAAAUCAAAAUCUGUUAAAUCCGAUGACGAAGACGAUGAUGCGAGAACAGAGGAAACCGGUCCAGGAUGGGAAGCGUUUAAGGAAGAUUCAGCGGAUUGGGAAACAGCUUUGGUGCAAUCAGCUACAAAUUUGUCUGGACAAAAGACGGAACUCGGAGGUGGCUUCGAUAUGUUGUUGCUUAACGGCAUGUAUCAGCACGGCACUGUGAACGCCGCCGUGAAAACCUCUACGGCUUAUGGAGCCAGCGGAAGCGCAAGCAGUAUGGCUUUUGGCUCUGCAGGAAGACCAGCAGCAACUAUGCUAGCACUUCCGGCGCCAUCAGCGGCUAGCGGAAACAGCAAUGGUCUGGUUCCGGUGGAUCCAUUUGCAGCGUCGUUAGAGGUAGCGCCGCCUGCCUAUGUGCAAAUGAAUGACAUGGAGAAGAAACAGAGGAAGUUGAUGGAAGAACAAAUGAUGUGGGAUCAAUACUCAAGAGAAGGAAGACAAGGACACAUGAAUCUAAGACAAAACCAAAACAAACCUAACUACUCUUACACACCUCAAUAUUGA